GCACUGUAAUAUGACAACUAUAAUGACGGGUAACUGAUGAGUGGUUUAUUCCGUGAUUGGUUGAGUUGGGCAACUGUAGCAACAAUUAUUCUAGAUAGGACGCAUGAAUCAAAACCAGUCACUCCCCCAGCUUCUCCUUUCCCUCCACCCAAAAUCCCAACGACAAUAUUCCAAUAAUCCAAACACUGCCUCGGCCCUUCACGGCGGGGAUCAUCUUUUACAGUUCUCCGCGUAUCGGUUUUCUUCCCCGACGAUGCACGCCUCCGUCAAGGGCAGAUGCGACACCGAGAAGUCCGGCGUCGCUGGCACUGUCGCCUUCAACGCCGGCGACAUCAUGCUCCGAGCUUCCAUGACCGAGGCCACCUUCGUAAAGGGCCCCAGCUUAACUGGUCUCUCUCUUUCCCUCGACAAGCCCGGCUCCUUCGUCAUCGACUACAACGUUCCCAAAAAUGAUGCUAGGUUUCAGUUUAUGAACACGGUUAGGGUUCUCGAGAAGCCUUUGAAUCUGGCAUACUCUCACGUGUGGCGCGAGAACCGGACAGCCCUAGACGGAACGCUGGUGCUCGAUUCGGCCAACAAGGUCUCAGCAAACUACGCGUUCGAUUCUGGGAACUGCAAACUGAAGUACAGCUAUACGCAUGGAGGGAUAAGGACCUUCGAGCCAUGCUAUGACCUCGUGAAUAACUCGUGGGACUUUGCGGUGUCGCAGAGGCUCUACAGAGACGAUGUGUUUAAGGCUUCGUAUCUGUCGUCCACCAAGGUACUGGGACUGGAGUGGUCGAGGAACUCCAAGUUCAACGGAGCCUUCAAGAUUUCGGCCUUCCUCAAUUUGGCGGAUGAGCUAAAAUUGCCGAGAUUAAGUGCUGAGAGUAGUUGGAAUUUCGAGGUGUAGUUUUUCAUUUUGCUUUACCUUCUUUUUUUUCAUCACCUUUUUUGGUGUGGGGAGAGGGAGUGUAUAAUAUAUAAUAUAGCUUCUAAAAUUUGUUAUAAAGGUGAGGCUAUUUUCUGUAAUUGAAUGUCUGGUCUCAUUGUUUUCCAUUGGCUCGUAAGCAGAGACAGAUCGAAGAUCAGCUCUGCCUGCUGCUUUCUGCUGAGUCGGGGUUUUACAUCCAGGCUUCUAAUUAUUGUUUUAAAAAUAAUAUAUAUUUUUUAAAUUAUAAAAUUUUAUUUACAUACUAAA